CUCUGGGGAGCGUGCGAGUGGGCUGAGCUGCGCUGCGCCCCGGGGGCGGCGCGAGCUGGGGCCCGGGCGCCCACACGGUAGUUGAUGCCCGGGGACCGCGCGCCUCCGCCCCCGACUCGGCCGAGCGGAGCCCCCGCCGGCGGCUCGCAGCCCGCAUUCCGGGGCCCCCUUGCAGCCGGGCUCUGGAGUUGGGCCGGUUCCGCCCCCGCCUCCCGCGGGCCCCUUCCGCAGCUCGGCGCCCGCUGCUCUCCGCAGAGGCGGCGGCGAGGGCGCGCGCGCCGACCGUCUGCACGGUUUCUCUUUCUCCCCAGGGAGAGCGCGCCACGGACGCGCCGGGGACGCUCGGCUGCACCGGGAGGCCGGACGGCGCGGUGAAAUUUCAUGUUUGAAUCAACUGUACUACUGUCAGCAGCCUGAUUUUCAAGAUUUUUAGAAAAGUUAGAAUCAAAAGGACUGUAUUUUCAGGUACUUCUUCACAUAGCUACAGCCUGUCCCAGGAAAUCACCACGCUGUACCUGCAGUAAAGAAAGCUUGGGAUUAUGGCAGUUGUGGAGCCCCACUGAUGCAAGUUCCAUUCAGUUUCUUCUGAAAGAAAGCCAUCUGCUAAAGCGAAGCUAAGAAACUAUUGUGGAUUAUAAUCAUUUUUAAGAUCUGGAUCUUCAGUAGUUUGAAAAUCAGGCAACAUUUAACCUUUUCGAUGAAAAAGCUUAAGAUUUCAUGCAACGGUUGUACAUUUCGGAAGCCAUUCUCCAAAAGGGAAGUGCACAUCUAAAACACAAAUAUGAUUCUUUCUGCAGGGAUUUAAGUCUGAUUGAUUUUACAUCAUGACCAGCUUGAAACGGUCACAGACAGAAAGGCCUGUUGCCACUGACAGGGCCUCUGUUGCUGGCACAGAUGGCGCCCCCAACGUCCACGCUGAUGACUUCUACAUGCGCCGCUUCCGGGCCCCAAACGGCAGCUUAGGUUCGUCAGUUAUGGGUCCUGUGGGGCCGCCGCGGAGUGAGGGCUCUCACCAUAUAACCUCCACUCCUGGCGUCCCCAAGAUGGGGGUUAGGGCGAGGAUUGCAGACUGGCCUCCAAGAAAGGAAAACAUAAAGGAAUCUAGCCGUUCAAGCCAGGAAAUAGAAAGCUCAAGUUGCCUUGAGAGCCUGUCCUCCAAAAGCAGUCCUGUGAGUCAGGGGAGUUCUGUGAGCCUCAGUUCCAGUGACUCAGCCAUGCUGAAGAGCACACAGAGCACACGGGAGAGCAAGACCAGGCCAGCGGAGAGCAUGGACUCCAGGUUUCUGAUGCCUGAAGCCUACCCCACUUCCCCCCGGAAAGCUCUUCGCAGAAUACGGCAGCGGAGCAACAGUGACAUCACCAUAAGCGAGCUUGACGUGGACAGCUUUGAUGAGUGUGUCUCACCCACGUACAAGACUGGGCCCUCGUUGCACAGGGAGUACGGCAGCACAUCUUCAAUUGACAAGCAAGGAACAUCUGGAGAAAGCUUUUUUGAUUUGUUAAAGGGCUAUAAAGAUGAUAAAUCUGAUCGAGGUCCAACUCCGACCAAACUCAGUGACUUUCUCAUUGCUGGUGGGGGAAAGGGUUCUGGUUUCUCUUUAGAUAUUAUUGAUGGGCCCAUCUCACAGAGAGAAAACCUUAGGCUUUUUAAGGACAGGGAAAAACCACUCAAACGACGUUCCAAGUCUGAAACCGGAGACUCGUCCAUUUUCCGUAAAUUACGCAAUGCCAAAGGUGAAGAACUUGGGAAAUCGUCUGACCUUGAUGACAGCCGAUCAGAAGACUCUGUCAGGCCCUGGACUUGUCCAAAGUGCUUUGCCCACUAUGAUGUCCAGAGCAUAUUAUUUGAUUUGAAUGAGGCAAUUAUGAACAGGCACAAUGUCAUUAAGCGGAGAAACACCACUACAGGAGCCUCGGCGGCGGCCGUGGCCUCCCUGGUGUCUGGACCUUUGUCUCAUUCGGCUAGUUUCAGCUCUCCCGUGGGCAGCACCGAGGACCUGAACUCCAGAGGCAGCCUCGGCGUGGACCAGGGCGACGACAGAAGCAAUGAGCUUGUGAUGAGCUGUCCAUACUUUCGGAAUGAGAUCGGUGGAGAAGGCGAACGGAAAAUCAGCCUGUCCAGAUCAAAUUCAGGCUCGUUCACCGGCUGUGAAAGUGCCUCCUUCGAGUCUACCCUCACCUCCCACUGCACAAAUGCAGGCGUGGCGGUGCUGGAGGUGCCCAAGGAGAGCUUGGUGCUGCACCUGGAUCGAGUGAAGAGGUACAUCGUGGAGCACGUGGAUCUUGGCGCGUACUAUUACAGGAAAUUCUUCUACCAGAAAGAACACUGGAACUAUUUUGGGGCUGAUGAGAAUCUUGGUCCAGUGGCUGUGAGCAUCCGAAGGGAAAAACCAGAAGAAAUGAAAGAAAAUGGAUCUCCAUACAACUACCGCAUAAUUUUUAGAACUAGUGAGCUCAUGACCUUGAGAGGGUCUGUCCUAGAAGACGCCAUUCCCUCCACGGCAAAGCACUCGAGCGCCAGAGGGCUGCCGCUGAAAGAGGUGCUGGAGCACGUGGUCCCCGAGCUCAGCGUCCAAUGCCUGCGCUUGGCCUUCAACACCCCCAAAGUCACGGAGCAGCUCAUGAAGCUGGACGAGCAGGGGCUGAACUAUCAGCAGAAAGUUGGCAUCAUGUACUGCAAAGCUGGCCAGAGCACGGAAGAGGAGAUGUAUAACAAUGAAUCAGCAGGCCCAGCGUUGGAGGAAUUCCUGCAGCUGUUGGGAGAGCGAGUUCGGCUAAAAGGAUUUGAGAAGUAUCGCGCACAACUUGACACCAAAACUGACUCUACUGGAACCCAUUCUCUGUAUACGACGUACAAGGACUAUGAGAUUAUGUUCCACGUGUCUACCAUGCUGCCGUAUACACCCAACAACAAGCAACAGCUCCUAAGGAAGCGGCACAUUGGAAAUGACAUUGUGACAAUUGUUUUCCAAGAGCCUGGAGCACAGCCCUUCAGCCCAAAAAACAUUAGAUCCCACUUUCAGCAUGUUUUUGUCGUCGUCAGGGCUCACAGCCCCUGCACUGAUGGUGUCUGUUACAGUGUGGCUGUCACCAGGUCCAGAGAUGUGCCUUCCUUCGGACCUCCCAUCCCUAAAGGGGUCACGUUCCCCAAGUCGAAUGUGUUCAGGGACUUCCUCUUAGCCAAAGUGAUUAAUGCGGAAAAUGCUGCUCAUAAAUCAGAAAAGUUCCGGGCCAUGGCAACUCGGACUCGCCAGGAGUACCUGAAAGAUCUAGCAGAAAAGAAUGUCACCAACACCCCUAUUGACCCUUCAGGAAAGUUCCCAUUCAUUUCUUUGGCCUCCAAGAAGAAAGAGAAGUCCAAGCCAUAUCCAGGAGCUGAGCUUAGUAGCACGGGGGCCAUCGUGUGGACAGUCCGGGCCAAGGACUACACCACGGCACUGGAGAUAGACUGCCUUCUGGGGGUCUCCAAUGAGUUCAUCGUCCUCAUUGAACAGGAGACCAAGAGCGUGGUCUUUAAUUGUUCCUGCAGAGAUGUUAUAGGCUGGACUUCAACUGACGCCAGCCUUAAAAUCUUCUAUGAGCGAGGAGAGUGUGUUUCCGUGGAGAGUUUCAUUAACAAUGAGGAUAUCAAAGAAAUUGUCAAAAGGUUGCAGUUUGUUUCAAAAGGUUGUGAAUCAGUGGAAAUGACUCUGCGAAGAAAUGGGCUGGGACAGCUCGGAUUCCACGUCAACUAUGAGGGCAUUGUAGCAGAUGUGGAACCCUAUGGCUAUGCCUGGCAGGCAGGGCUGAGGCAGGGCAGCCGCUUGGUGGAGAUCUGCAAGGUGGCUGUGGCCACGCUGAGCCACGAGCAGAUGAUCGAUCUCCUGAGGACGUCUGUGACGGUGAAGGUUGUCAUCAUCCCCCCGCAUGAAGACUGCACCCCACGGAGGAGUUGCUCCGAAACCUACCGCAUGCCAGUGAUGGAGUACAAAAUGAAUGAAGGCGCGUCAUAUGAAUUCAAAUUUCCCUUCCGAAACAACAACAAAUGGCAGCGAAAUGCCAACAAAGCGCCUCAUGCACCUCAAGUUCCAGCCCAGGUUCAGAGCCCCAUGACCUCAAGGUUGAAUGCUGGGAAAGGAGAUGGGAAGAUGCCUCCUCCAGAGAGAGCCGCCAACAUUCCGCGAAGCAUCUCCAGUGAUGGGCGCCCACUGGAAAGACGCCUGUCUCCUGGUUCGGACAUCUAUGUGACGGUCUCCUCCAUGGCUUUAGCAAGAUCCCAGUGUCGUAACUCCCCUAGCAACCUGUCUUCGUCCAGCGAGACUGGCUCUGGUGGGGGCACGUACCGACAGAAGUCCAUGCCCGAGGGGUUUGGAGUGGGCCGACGGUCCCCAGCCUCCAUUGACAGACAGAACACCCAGGCGGACCUCGGCGGCGGCGGUGGCAAGGCCACGCCCAGCUGGCAGAGGAGUGAGGACAGCAUCGCUGACCAGAUGGAGCCUACGUGCCACCUCCCAGCAGUAGCCAAGGUACUGCCAGCUUUCCGGGAGAGCCCCGGUGGGAGAUUAAUGCGGCAGGAUCCAGUGGUGCAUUUGUCUCCAAACAAACAAGGACACUCUGAUAGCCACUACUCCAGCCACUCCAGUAGCAAUACCCUCUCCAGCAACGCAUCGAGUGCCCACAGUGAUGAGAAGUGGUACGAUGCGGACCGCACAGAAUCUGAACUCAACAGCUAUAACUAUCUGCAGGGAACCUCAGCCGACAGUGGCAUCGACACCACCUCCUAUGGCCCCAGCCACAGCAGCUCGGCCUCCCUGGGAGCGGCCACCUCAUCGCCUCGAUCGGGGCCAGGCAAGGAGAAAGUGGCACCCCUGUGGCAUAGCUCCAGUGAAGUGCUGUCCAUGGGCGAUCGGACUCUAGAGCUAGAGAGCCACGGCAUGGACCGGAAAGCAGAGUCCUCGCUGAGCCUGGACCUCCACAGCAAGAGCCAGGGUGGCUCGAGCCCUCUGAGCAGAGAGAACAGCACCUUCAGCAUCGGGGACGCCGCUUCCCACACCAGUACCAUGAGCUCGCGGCACUCGGCCAGCCCCGUCGUCUUCUCCAGUGCCAGAAGUUCACCAAAGGAAGAGCUGCACCCUGCCACCUCGUCACAGCUAGCGCCUUCCUUCUCCUCGUCCUCCUCCUCUUCCUCGGGCCCUAGGACUUUUUACCCUCGCCAGGGCGCCACCAGCAAGUACCUGAUUGGAUGGAAGAAACCUGAGGGGACCAUUAACUCCGUGGGUUUUAUGGACACCAGAAAGCGCCACCAGAGCGAUGGCAGUGAGAUGUCCCACACCAGGCUACGUGCUUCAACCAGGGACCUGCGGGCAUCCCCAAAGCCAGCCUCCAAGUCCACCAUUGAGGAGGAUCUGAAGAAGCUUAUUGACCUGGAAAGCCCGACUGCUGAAUCACAGAAGAAUUUUAAGUUCCAGCCUCUGUCCUCGCCUCAGUCUCCGCUCCCCACCACCCCCACGUCGAGGCGGGCCUUGCACCGGACGCUGUCUGAUGAGAGCAUCUACAGCGGCCAGAGGGAGCACUUCUUUGCCUCGAGGGCUUCCCUGCUGGACCAGGCCCUGCCCAACGACGUCCUCUUCAGUAGCACGUACCCUUCCCUUCCCAAGUCGCUCCCUCUGCGGAGGCCUUCAUACACCUUAGGAAUGAAGUCCCUGCAUGGAGAGUUCUCAGCCUCCGACAGCUCCCUCACCGAUAUCCAGGACACGCGUAGGCAGCCCGUGCCCGACCCUGGCCUGAUGCCACUGCCUGACGCUGCUGCAGAUUUGGAUUGGUCCAACUUGGUUGAUGCCGCCAAGGCCUAUGAGGUGCAGCGAGCCUCGUUUUUUGCGGCUAGUGACGACAACCACCGCCCCUUGAGCGCGGCCUCCAACAGUGAUCAGCUCGAGGAGCUGGUGCAGAUGAAGUCGUACAGCAGCAGUAAAGACUCCUCACCCACUCUGGCUUCUAAAGUGGACCAGUUGGAAGGGAUGCUCAAGAUGCUCCGAGAAGAUCUCAAGAAGGAAAAGGAAGACAAAGCCCACCUGCAGGCGGAGGUCCAGCACCUGCGGGAGGACAACCUGCGGCUGCAGGAGGAGUCCCAGAAUGCCUCGGACAAGCUGAAGAAGUUCACGGAGUGGGUCUUCAACACCAUAGACAUGAGCUAGGGCCGCCUUCCACAGUUUCCACCUGCCCCCUUCCAGAGGAUACUACGCUGCGACUGCAGAUCAGCACUCAUUGUCUGCCUUUUGUAGAAAAGAAAAAUAAAAAGUAAAUAAAAAUUUUAAAAGGUAAAAUAAAAGUUUAA